AUGGCACCAACAAGUUCAGAAUUUUUUAAUUCGAAACUUAAAGGACCAAUACUUCAAAUCAUAGAAGAUCUAGGACCAAGCCCUCUAGGAUCAAACCCUAUAAGGGCAAGCUCUCUAGAAUCAAACCCUGUGAUAUCAACUCCUCCAGUCUUGGUCCCUCCCAAAGCAGGCCCGAACUUGCUAUCAAAGCCUAAACUAAUUCGUGUCGCAUCACAACCAAUUCCCCUCAGAACUCUGAUCACUCUCCUCAACUACGAACGCGUAAAAUCGGAUUGGCGAUAUGAAAAUCUCAGUCUGUACCACAGCUCAGAAAUGCAAAGUAGAGGAAUCGAAGAGUCCGACACAGUGUAUACAGAGGGAGCGCGAUGUUUCUGCUACGACGACAGUCCUUACCCACCAGAUCAACAAAUAUGGCGACAAACCACCUGCAGAGUACAUCCUGAAGCACCUCCAGGAACACGACAGCUAAGUUCUGCGCAGCUUGAGCGCGCAUUUUAUGAGUCUCGGAGUGCAGAGUGGGGUCCUAUGUGUGAGUUGAUGUAUCAACUUUUCUUCAAAUUUUGUGGGAAAGAUCAACAACUGAAAAUUCAGAUCAGCGAUGAACAACCAGUUUUGGUGGAUGCCUCUAGAAUGUACGUAUUGCAUUUUGCUUCGAUACAUCCGAGACAUCGGAAUCUCAACGGGGAACAUCAAACGCCAGACGGUGUCUUUCACACACUGAUGUUAGGAAGUUGCGAAGGAAGCGUUCUGGUCUUCCCUCCACCGAUAAAGAAUAUGGAUCUAUCGAGUAACGGCGAGGAAAGUCAUAUCGAGUUCGAAGAUUGCUUUGUGGUUGAUAUGCUACAUAUGCGAUAUGGUAAGAAGGGAUUAUUUGAGGAGCCCUACUUUCUAGGCAGUGGUAGGCAGUGGGAAAGUUUUAUGUUAGCCAAUGUUUGUGCAAGUCUUAUAUAUUGUGGAGUAGAGCAACCCAGUUUGACAGAGAAUCGAGAAGAGUGUUCCGUGCAGAUGUGGGAUUGGUUUUAUGAACAUUCACUGAGAGCCUUUCAUAGAUGGAUAGCGAAUGACCAAAAUCCGAAUUUUCUAUGGUGCGACUAUUGUGGAAUCGGAGGUGCAAGAUUUGUUAGAUGUUGUGGAGAGGGAGAUGAAAUGAUCAGGUAUUGUAGUGAAGAGCACAGACAGAGAGGAUGGGCGUUACACCGGUUCACUUGUAAGAACAAAGCCGAGGAUAAGUAG